AUGGCCGCUUCACCACCAACACCGGAGCGGAGGACUAGCUCAGAUAGUACUCUUGAUGUUGAACGAGACGGGGCCUAUGCAGCGAAUGGACACUCCCAAGACCCUCCAGCCGCCGAACCAACUUCCGAGGGAGCGGAGACGACACCGGCCGGCAGUAACCCAUCUCCCGGAGCAGCUGAGGCCGGUGACCCCGAGGCCGGACGGACCACGUCGGAGACCAUCUUGGUAGUUGGCGCUCUAUGUCUUGCGCUCUUCCUUGCCGCUUUGGAUACGACCAUUAUUACCACAGCCGUUCCUACUAUUGCCAACGAGUUUCACUCAAGUCAGGGUUACAUCUGGAUAGGAAGUGCAUAUCUGUUGGGCAACGCCGCAUUCGUGCCGACAUGGGGCAAGAUCUCAGAUAUCUUUGGUCGCAAGCCUGUUCUUCUCGCUGCGGCUGUCAUCUUCUGGAUUGGAUCUCUGCUGUGUGCUGUUAGCAAUGGCAUGCCAAUGCUCAUCGCUUCGCGUGCCAUUCAAGGCAUUGGUGGAGGUGGUCUCAUCGUCCUGCCGAAUAUCGCCAUCAGCGACCUUUUCUCUAUGCGAAACCGUGGAAUGUACUUUGGCAUUUUGGGUAUGGUCUGGGCUUUAGCAUCUGCGGUUGGCCCUAUUCUCGGUGGUGUUUUCACUAGCCAGGUCACCUGGCGAUGGUGUUUCUACAUCAACCUCCCCAUCUCAGCCGUUGCCAUCGUUAUCCUUGUCUUCGUCCUGAAGCUCCACAACCCACGAACACCGGUGAAGGAGGGUCUAUUGGCAUUGGACUGGCCUGGCAGUAUUCUCAUCAUUGGCGGUACCAUUAUGUGGUUGCUCGGACUUGAGCUCGGUGGUGUUUCUUUCCCCUGGGACUCGGCUACGACAAUUUGCCUCAUCGUCUUUGGCAUCUUCGUCGUUGGUCUCUUUCUCGUAUACGAGUGGAAAGUCGCCAAGUUUCCCGUUCUCCCUAUUCGCCUCUUUCACACACAAAACAGUGUUGCAUCUUAUGGAGUUGGUUUCACUCACGCAUUCGUCUUCAUGUCAGGCAGCUACUGGCUUCCACUCUACUACCAGGGAGUCCUCGGCGCAUCUUCGUUGCUCUCUGGUGUUUAUUUGCUCCCAUAUGUGCUCUCCCUGUCGUUUGUGUCGGCUGGUGCUGGAGUCUACAUCAAGAAGACAGGCAACUACAAGCUCGUUAUCGUUUUGGGCUUGAUCAUUACCGUCAUUGGCUUCGGUCUGUUUAUCAAUCUUGAACCGCGCGCCAACUGGGCCAAGAUUAUCAUUUUCCAGAUCAUCGCCGGCAUCGGUAUUGGUCCUAACUUCCAGGCUCCUCUGAUUGCACUCCAGACAAAUGUUGAGCCUCGAGACAUUGGUUCUGCAACCUCAUGCUUCUCCUUCAUCCGUCAGUUGGGCACAUCAAUCUCCGUUGUUGUAGGAGGUGUCAUUUUCAACAACAAGAUGGAGAGCCAGUACCCUAAACUGAAGGAAGAACUCGGUUCGGAACUCGCAGAUAGACUCUCCGGUUCCAACGCAGCAGGCAGCGUCGAGCUCGUUGGCUCCUUGACGGGCCACGAUGGCAGGGUCGCCAAGACAGCUUUCUGGAAGAGUCUGCAAACAAUGUACAUCGUCUAUGCAUGCUUUGCAGGGCUGUCGCUCAUCAUCAGUCUGAUGAUCAAGCAAGUCAACCUCAGUAAGGAACACAAGGAGCACAAGACAGGUCUCAAAUCACUAAAGCAACGCGAUGAUGAGAAGGAGGAGGUUGAUGCUGCAGAGGGUGUCACGACAGGUAACGAAAAGACGACGGACAACUAA